GCUCAGUGUGACACAGGGACUGGCUGGUCCGGGACGGAAUUCAUCGCAGCACCGAGGGGCCACACACAGGGCCAGGGGCCACACACAGGGCCAGCUCCCUGAGAGCCACACACACGGGGCAGCCAUAGGGGGAGCUGUAGCGCUUAUGGAUCGGUGAAACCCAAGUUGCACAGUGACAGGACAGUCGCUGCAGCUGUCGCACUCUCGGAUCGGUAGCGACCAGCUGGGCUGAGUGGAACAUCCCUGGCGGAUCCCCGGUACGGGCUGUGUGAGGGGCUUCAUCAGACCCCUAAAUACUGGAAUUAUUUGUAGGGGGUUAAACUUGUCGCUGGAAAGGAGGGAGAGUAGCGCGAUUUAUUGGGAUUGCGACUCUCAAGUUAUCACUGAUCUGGGGCGCAGGGAGUCGGAUACCCCCCCAAAACUUCCCAUCACUUGGAUCUAGAAGCCCAUCUGCCCCCCAAGCCUGGUGUCCCCUUCCCAAGACUAAAUCGCUGGAAUAUCACUCGGCAGCGACAGGUGGCACCCAGCCUUCAUUCCACCCCAACUGGGGGCUACAGAGAACAUGCAGGGACCCCUGUGCUUGCGGAGAACCGCGGAGAGGAGCAGCAUGACGGGAAUUCUGCGACUACUGUUGGUCACUUCUCUACUGUCGUGCUGGAAACAGGCUCUAGUAGGGGCAAACUCCUGGUGGUCGCUGGCGCUGAAUCCAGUACAGAGGCCAGAGAUGUAUAUCAUUGGCGCCCAGCCUCUGUGUAGCCAACUGACUGGGCUCUCGCCCGGGCAAAGGAAGUUGUGCCAACUCUAUCAGGAUCACAUGGUCUACAUUGGAGAAGGAGCCAAGACUGGCAUCAAGGAGUGCCAGCACCAGUUCAAGCACAGGAGGUGGAACUGCAGUACUGUGGACAAUAACUCCGUGUUUGGCAGGGUCAUGCAGAUUGGAAGCAGAGAGGCGGCAUUUACUUACGCCAUUAGUGCCGCUGGGGUGGUUAACGCCAUCAGCCGUGCCUGCCGGGAAGGGGAGCUCUCCACUUGUGGCUGCAGCCGGACUCCUCGCCCCAAGGAUCUGCCUCGGGAUUGGCUUUGGGGGGGCUGCGGGGACAACGUAGAGUAUGGAUACCGUUUUGCCAAGGAGUUUGUGGACGCACGGGAAAGGGAGAAGAAUUUCCCAAAAGGGUCCGAAGAGCAGGCACGCUCUCUAAUGAACCUCCAGAAUAACGAGGCGGGGCGCAGGGCUGUGUACAAGCUGGCCGACGUGGCUUGCAAGUGCCACGGUGUGUCGGGGUCCUGUAGCCUGAAGACCUGCUGGUUGCAGCUGGCCGACUUCCGCAAAGUGGGCGAGUACAUAAAGGAGAAGUACGACAGCGCCGCCUCCAUGCGCUUGAAUAAGCGCAACAAACUGGAGCAGGUCAACCAACGUUUCAACCCUCCCACGGCAGAGGACUUGGUGUAUCUGGAUCCCAGCCCCGACUACUGUCUGUACAAUGAAACCACGGGCUCCCUGGGCACCCACGGCCGCCAGUGCAACAAGACGUCGGAGGGCAUGGACGGCUGCGAGCUGAUGUGCUGCGGGAGGGGCUACGACCAAUUCAAGACGGUCCAAGUGGAGCGCUGCCACUGUAAAUUCCACUGGUGCUGUUUUGUCAAGUGCAAAAAGUGCACUGAAAUCGUGGACCAGUAUGUGUGCAAAUAAGGGGGCCCAGACGGCUACCACCUCACAUCGACUAUUGCCCACCCGUUUCCCACGAUUCCCUCCACGCACCCUUUUACCCAAGCACGGGGGAGCGAUGGAGGCAAAAAAAAAUAGAUAUGUAUAGGGCAUAAAAUUAUAUAUAUGUAGAUAUAUAUAUAUAUUUUUCUAUGUGUAUAAAGGAAGAUGAACUCCAGGAACUGACACCCUGAUUAAUAGGGAAUGAGGGGAUUUUGGAACGAUGGUGGUUGAAGGAUGAACGCCCCCCCACGCCCCGCCGCCGCCGUUGUAAGGCUGAACUGCGGGCUCAUCCUAUAAAGGACAUCGGCAUGUAACGAGGCCAAGGCUCGGCUACUAAGAACUCACGUGGGCCUAGAGAGAACGGGCUGGCGAUGGGAAAUUAUGGGAUGCCUCCGCCCCCCCCGCCCAGCACUUCUCUGUUGCAAAUCUGCCCUGCCAUCUGUACCCUGCAGACUUUACAGCCAGAAUAGGGGCUGCUGGCAAAAGAAUAAGCCACAGCCGGCUACAACAUCCCUGGCCGCUGGGCUACUGCUUGCCUCUGGACAAUCACUAUUGGGAACUAAGGAGGAAAAAAAAAAACAAAACAGCUUUGACUUUUUUUUUAUAGCAAAACAAAUUCAUCCCUGCAGCACUGUUUGAGUUUAAAGGGGAAAUAGACCCAGUUUGGGCUUGCCGUUUCAUUUUUAUUUUCCCUUUAAUAUAGAAACAUAUAUGAGGGUACAAGUAAUUUUGUGCUUGAAUAAAUGUUUAGUAUUUUUAAUAUAUAGGGGAGAGUUGCCAUACCACCUUGACAAAUAUCGGGGCACAUGUUGUUGUUGACAAUAGGGAAUAACCAUGCUGAGACUAGCAAUAUGACAGUUUUUUAUACUGAGAAAAAGAAUGCUCAGUGCAUACAAUAGGCUAUCCCCUUAUACUGUACUGUCUAAUGUUCUUGUCUAAGGGAAAGAGAACCCCUUUUGCCCAGGCAGUCACAUAGCAACAAACACAGCUUUAACCCCCUUGCAACCUACUGUAUCUUCAUGUAGAGAAUUUGUUCAUACUGCCCCCUAGAGGUAGUGAAAGAGAAUACACAGCAGUACAUUACAGCCCUGCUGGCACCCUAAAGUAAAAAGCACUGGCUUUUCCCCUCUCGGUAUCUCAUUAUUUGACUGAGUACCUGGGACCCCUUAGGACUGCCACAGACCAACCCACUGGCCAUCUAUAGAUAUGCCUCUAAAGGUGGCCAUACACCUUCAUAUCCGCUCGCUUGGCGAUGUCGCCAAGCGAGCGGAUCUUCUCCCGAUAUCCCCCACCUACGGGUGGGGGGAUAUUGGGAGAAUCCAGGUUAAUUCGAUCAUUUGGCCUUGGGGCCAAAGGAUCAAAUUAUAACAACGGGUAUAGGCAAAGUCGGUUCGGGGACCACACCAACGAGGCGAUGCGGUUCCAGAUCCGACUAAAUUUUUUAUCCUGCCCGAUCGAUAUCUGCCCCAUUUCAGGCCAGAUAUCAGUUGGGCAGGCCCGUCGUUAGUGCCCCUACACGGGCCGAUAAGCUGCUGAGUCGGUCUAAGGGACAGAUAUCGGCAGCUAGAAUCGGCCCGUGUAUGGCCACCUUAAUCCCACCUUUUCCCAACUCAGACCUAGCCCAAAUCGGUGGUUUGCCAUCUCUUUUAUAUAAGUGCUCAACCUGCCCAUAUCUGGCAUGGCACAGGUAUAUAAGAGAUCUCAGCUGCAGGGUUGAGUUGGGGCCAAAGGGGCCCAUUAGGACAGCGGGGCAGUGUUUUUCCUGGUACCCGGUGGGCCAGUCCAACAUGGCUGCCUAUUUGUAUUUAUGGUUGGAAGUUGUCAAAUUAUUUCCCAUAGACAGUACAGUUUUAACGUAUAUUUAUUGUGUGCCCAGAGCAUUCUUUCUGAACUUUUUUAGUACAGGUAUGGCACCCAUUAUCCAGAAUGCCCGGGACCUUGAGUUUUCCGGAUAAGGGAUCUUUCCGUAAUCUGGAUCUCCACACCUUAAGUCUGCUAAAAGAUUAUUUAAACAUUAAUUAAACCCAAUAGGAUUGUUUUGCCAAUAAAGAUUAAUUAUAUCUUAGUUGGGAUCAAGUACAGGUACUGUUUUAUUAUUACAGAGAAAAGGGAAUCAUUUAACCAUGAAAUAAACCCAAUAGGGCUGUUCUGCCCCAAUAAGGGGUAAUUAUAUCUUAGUUGGGAUCAAGUACAGGUACUGUUUUAUUAUUACAGAGAAAAAAGAAAAUCAUUUAACCAUUAAAUAAACCCAAUAGGGCUGUUCUGCCCCCAAUAAGGGGUAAUUAUAUCUUAGUUGGGAUCAAGUACAGGUACUGUUUUAUUAUUACAGAGAAAAGGGAAUCAUUUAACCAUUAAAUAAACCCAAUAGGGCUGUUCUGCCCCAAUAAGGGGUAAUUAUAUCUUAGUUGGGAUCAAGUACAAGGUACUGUUUUAUUAUUACAGAGAAAAAAGAAAAUCGUUUUUAAAAAAAAGACUUAUUUGCUUAUAAUGGAGCCUAUAGGAGAUGGCCUUUUUCGUAAUUCAAAACUUUCUGGAUAACGGGUUUCCGGAUAAUGGAUUUCAUACCUGUAUGGGAGCUUUUUAAACGCCCAGAAGAUUUCUUCUUUUCAUAUUUGCAUUUAUAAAUUUAAGUGGGCAAUUCAAUGCCCUGUUGUUUGCCUUGGUUAUGACAAGCAUUGCAUUACAAGUCAACAGCACCCCCUACUGGUGUUAUACUUGUCUCUAUGUUGGGCAACCAAUAUGGCAGCUCCAUUAGUGCUAAUCUCAGGGAUCUGGCCCCCUGAAGCUUCCCUGGCUGCGCAGGAAGUACUGGUUAUGGCGGAUAUCAUUCGUACUCGUUGGGUUUGCUAUUUAUUACACAAUUACCAUUUGGAGAAUAACAGAAUUGUUUGUAUGAAGCUUCCGAUGAACAAGAUGGAGCUGUCCGUGGCCAAAUGGCACAUUCUGUAAACCCGGAAACAGCUCAGUCCACUGCUGUGGUCUCCUGGACAAAGGGGGAUUGGCCGGAGGAAGAGCAGACACAUACUGUAUAGAUCACCUCUAUGCUUUGUAUGGUUGGAAAUAUUGUAUCUUAAAAAAAAAAAUACACAAAUUCUCUAAUUUUGUUGUCUUUUUGGGGGGGGCAAAGGUGUGAACAAUUCUAUUGUUCUUGAUGUUUCCAAGUGCAUCUGUCUGCCCAAUAAACAGAACUUGCAGUA